CAGCAGGACCUUUGGAGCCUGGGGCUGUUAGGAAGGUUGCGGGUUUGCCGGGGCACGCCAGGCGGAGCCGAGGGAGGGCAAUGGUCUCCGCCCCACCUCUGGUGGGUUGAGGAGGGGCCGACCUAGCAGGGUGGCAGGCCAGCCGCGGACUCGGGCGGAAGGGGUGCAUUGUCGUCCUGCCCUGCUGCUGAAUGUCGGUCCCAGAGGAUGAGGAGAGGCUUUUGCCGCUCGCCCAGAGAUGGCCCGGAGCGAGCAAGUUCCUACUGUCGGGCUGCGCGGCCACCGUGGCCGAGCUAGCAACCUUUCCUCUCGAUCUUACAAAAACUCGACUCCAAAUGCAAGGAGAAGCUGCCCUUGCUCGGUUGGGAAACAGUGCAAGAGGAUCGACUCCCUAUAGAGGCAUGGUGCGCACAGCCUUAGGGAUUGUCCAAGAGGAAGGCUUUCUAAAGCUUUGGCAAGGAGUGACACCUGCCAUUUACAGACACGUAGUGUAUUCUGGAGGUCGAAUGGUUACAUAUGAACAUCUCCGUGAAGUUGUGUUUGGCAAAAGUGAAGAUAAGCAUUAUCCACUUUGGAAAUCAGUGAUUGGCGGAAUGAUGGCUGGUGUUGUUGGUCAAUUUUUAGCCAACCCAACUGACCUAGUGAAGGUUCAGAUGCAAAUGGAAGGAAAAAGGAAACUUGAAGGAAAACCUUUGCGAUUUCGUGGUGUGCAUCACGCAUUUGCAAAAAUCUUAGCUGAAGGAGGAAUACGUGGACUCUGGGCAGGCUGGGUACCCAAUGUACAACGAGCAGCACUGGUGAAUAUGGGAGAUUUAACCACUUAUGAUACAGUGAAACACUACUUGGUCUUGAAUACACCACUUGAGGACAAUAUAAUGACACAUGGCUUAUCAAGUUUUUGUUCUGGACUGGUAGCUUCUAUUCUGGGAACACCAGCUGAUGUCAUCAAAAGCCGAAUAAUGAAUCAACCACGAGAUAAACAAGGAAGGGGACUUUUAUAUAAAUCAUCAACAGAUUGCUUGAUUCAGGCUGUUCAAGGGGAAGGAUUCAUGAGUCUCUAUAAAGGCUUUUUACCAUCUUGGCUACGAAUGACCCCAUGGUCACUGGUGUUCUGGCUUACUUAUGAAAAAAUCAGAGAGAUGAGUGGAGUCAAUCCAUUUUAAGCCCUUAAAGAUGAAGCCCUUAAAGAUACAGUGGUCAAUACUGAAAUAUGGGCAUCUGCAACAGACCCCCCCACCCCUAUUAUUUCUACCUCUUUAGGAAGACAGCUUACUCCACAGAGACUGUGAUUCAUAGGGGAGCACUUUAUUUUUCCUUGGAAGCCUGAGUUCUUCUUGACUCCUAUUUUGUUUCAAAAGCAAUUUGGUUGGAUCAUACAGUGCCACCCCAUGAGACACCCAGCACAGAAUUUCCUAAAGAAGAAUCAAAUCCUGAACAAGUAUUUACCCUGGGCAAGAAGAUUUGACCUUUGACAUGCUAUUCUUUGCUGAAGAGUCUACUAAGAGAAGUACCAGAGGGAGACAACAUCUCAGACACAAAGUAGACAAUAAGGAGUAUGGAAGAAUACAUACAUAUCUAGUGAUUAAGAAAUAUAUUUAACCUGUUAUGUCAGUAUUUACAAUUAAGAUGUGAUAAUUCACUGUCUGUUGUUAAAGUGCACAUAAUGUAAAUUAAUGGGAUGAGGUGAAUGAAGAUCUAUGAAUAAACAUUUUGAGUUUCCCUAGUAUUUAAGGAAGUUAUGUACCUUUUCUUGCCGGGAGGAUGAAAAAAUUCAAGUUGAUAUAUUUGGAUUUCAAGGAAGGAAGCCACCUUCUGUCAGUGUUCCAUCGUUGGAUCUACGUUCAUUGGUUAGUGCUUCGCUUCAAAUGCAAAGGACUUCCCGACAGCCACAGACUCUGAAUUUUCAUGAAAACAAAUAUAUUUACUUUGAUAUAUAUACCCUGUUACAAUUUGAAUUUGUCUCUAUAGUUUUCAAGAAUCUCAGCAUAUAAAAAAAUGCAACUUAUUUUCUUAAAGCUCAGGUAGAUAGGUCCUCUUUAUAAGGUAUCUCCUGAAAUUAUCAACCUUUUGGUGGUAUUUAAAAAGUAUGGCUGAGAUGGAGCCAACCGUUUCUCAAAUGUAUCCUUUCUUACCUUCCCCCGCCUAACACUAAGGGCCCUAGAAAGAGAGAACUUAGAAAAUACACUGAAGCAUUUCUAGCCUGAAUCUUACUCAGUUUGACAAAGCUUAUUGCCCUUCUCCCCCAUCCACCCCCAAGAGAGUCUAAAUUGUCUGGCAUACAGUUAUGUGUCUAGUCAUAGAACCAAAUCCUUUUUAUUAUUAUUAUUUUAGAAAAGUAAGAAUUUUCUUCAUUUUCUCAUAUGUUUUACCUGCCCCCCCAACCUCAGACUGUGGAAAUUUCUGGUCAGAUGGCUAGUUAUUGGUUGAGGAUAUAAUGAUCAAAUAGGAAAACUCAAAAAACUCAGGCCCAAGAAAGACCUGAAAAUAGCCAAGCAAUUUGUUAUAAUGAACAUGGAAAAUGUUAAGUAGAAAAAUUUUACAAGUGCUUUGUGGUUGCACUAAUGUAUAGUGCCAUUCACUGCCAUUUCAAGAAGGGACAUAUACCUUAAAACAUAUUUUAAUGUGAUGUAUUACUAUGCAGUGAUUUGUUUUUCUGUAGAAUUUGUAAUAUGUGGAGUUUAAUCUCUUAAAAUUAUUAGUGGUCUAGUUUUCAACUGUACUGGUCAAUCUGUCUAAAUGUAGUUGUUAAAUAUAUUUAAAAUAUUAUGUAUUAUGCAUUUCAAUUCCCAAGUAUUCUGUAUUGGAAUCACAUUGGGGAACUUUGUUUUAUGUUCUAUAUUUUUUUUCAUUUAAGAGUAGAUCAAAAUAAUCACAGAUACUGGACCAUGAAAAAAAAAUGUUAUUUAGCUUUAUUAUUUGAGAGGCUUGAGUUGUAAACUAAUCUGGGUUCAAUAUCAAUAACUGAAAUUUUUUAAUAUGAAAUGACUCAAGAUCAUCUGGUUUAAUCUGUUCACUUUAUAUGUUAGGAAAUUGAAGCCCAAAGAAGUAAAGUUGUUCAUGCUCAUACUGUUCAUGCUCAUAGGUUAGUAACAAAAAAAAAAAGACUUUCUAACUUUUUUUGGAAACAUUUACUUAUUUAUGCAUACAGAACUGCAGU